AUGGAUACUGAUCUUGACUCGUACAUCAAAGACAAAGGAAUCAAGUACCCUGGACGUGGAGGCCGAGGGGGUCGAGGACGAGGCGGCAACCAAGGUCGAGGUGGCAACUUCGGAGGAAACAGAGGCAGUGGAAACUUCGGCGGCAGACAGUCUGGAGGUAUGAUUAUGAAGAGAACGCAGCCCAGUUUAAGCGCAGGCAGCUCACUUCAUAUCUCGAACCUGGAUUUCGGAGUGUCAAAUCAGGACAUUGGGGAGCUCUUCGGAGAGUUCGGAGAUAUCAGACGAUUCGCAGUACAUUUCGACCAGUCUGGAAGAUCCAUCGGAACAGCCGAGGUACAUUAUCUAAACCCAAGUAGUGCAAUGCGAGCCAUGAGAAAAUACAACGGGGUUCCCUUAGACGGACGUCCAAUGAGAAUUGAGAUCUCAGGAACAGUCGGACAGUCAAUGGGCGGCGGUGGUUUUGCAAACAGAAUGCCGAGCGGUGGGCGCGGAGGAUUCCGGUCCGGAAAUGACGGAAGAGGCUUCGGUGGUGGACGAGGUUCUGGUGGCGGUGGGUUCCGUGGAACUAGAGGUGCUGCUCGAGGCCGAGGAGGCAGCAGGCGUCCCCCUCCACCUUCAAAGGAAGAUUUGGACGCUGAAUUGGAAACGCUUACGAAAGCUACAUAA